CGUCUGUGCUCUGCUAUCAGUCUGUGGCUCUCCCUGGGAUCAAGAGUUAAUCCCUGGGUGAUAGAGUCAGAGCUCGCGACUAGAAUGGGCAACAAACAUUCUUGCAUCCCCAAGAAGUUGAAACAAGCAAAGAAGAGGAGAAAAAGAUUGAGAGAAAAUCGUGAACAAAUACAAGAGCAGAUUUAUGGCAAGUUGCAGAACGGGUUAGAGACAGAUCACAAUCAAGAUUACUGCGGCUUGCAGGCAGAAACAUGUUCAGCAAAGGUAGCAGAGGCAAAAGAUCAAUCUGACAUAGAAAGCACACUACUGUACAGUCCCAUCAAGGAAUGGGAUCAAAGUGGGAUGAAGCUGGAAGAUUUGGGGAAGAUGAUCCAUUGUUCCAAGGUCAAGAUCAAUCGCCACUCCUGUAAGGAAAUAAAUGACAGAUGUUUGGUGCUCUUCCAAAACCACCUGCUUAUUCCUCUCAGAUGACUUCCAUGGUUUCACUUACCAGGGAACGCUGCCUUUAGCAGGGAUUUCCGUACAUGAUGUGAACAGAACCAGUGGCAGUUCUGGACAAAGCCAUGCAUUUCAAGUCACAGGCCCAUUGUUACACCCUUUUACUGUCUACUGCUCAACGAAAGAGGAAGUGAAGGAGUGGCUUUACUACCUUAACAGGCAGAGGGAAGAGAACAGCAAGAUACCAGGAACAUCUUGGGUACCCACAUCGAGGAGCAGUGAUUGCAACUCUCUGGGACAACACAGCAGGAACGAGGACUUGAGGACUUUGGUACUGAGCCAACCUAUCCAUGGAGGUGAAAGGACUAGCGUCAGUUCCCUGGGUAACAUCAUCUGGAUAUCAGAAGUAAAGAUGCAACACUUGCCCUCUCAGGAGAAACAUGAUCGUCUCUUGGUCCUCUUCCCAACAUCGCUCCUCAUCCUGUUGCAGGACGACCACGCCCUUUAUUACAAGGGGGAGCUUCCACUCAAUGCUAUAACAAUAUCAGAACAGGAUGCAUCUGAUGGUGAUUCAAGCACAUUGUUAAUAGAAGGUAAAAUGAUCAACCAAAUCAAGGUGUUCUGCCCCAGUAGGACAACGCACCAGAACCUAAUCCAUCACCUCAACUCUACGGGGGUCACAGUUCACAAAUCCUCCCCGGUCAUUACAGAAUGUGACGAUAAACACUCGUUGCGAUGUCGAGACCAGUUUGUAGAUAAGAGUGAUCCUUUGCUGGAAACACAAGGAGGAAAAAGAAGUCCAGGACAAGUGUACGGAAUCUUCACCUUUCCCCAAAAGCCAAUAGAGAUGAUCUCUGUCUCGGAAAAUCUGCCUGCCCUGGUUGCUGAGACAGAACAGCUCCUGUCCCCCGAUUACUCGGAGCCCUACACUCCUCCACCACUGCGGUUCCCUGCACCGGCCGAUCAUUUAAAUCUUCCUUCCUUUACACAGAAACACAAAUCUUCACCUCUGCCAGUCCGUGGGAGCAGUCUGAGGUUAGCGGGACGUAAGAUGCAUUCUUUGUCCCAGCCAUCACCCUUAUCCGGCACCACUUCAGAUAACCCGCUCAUUUCUGGAAACCGCCUGUCAUUUGGCUAUGCAGAACCAUUUGCCGCUUUGAAGGCGGAGACAGCCUUUCCCUCAGACGCGUUAUCUCAUGGACAUAGGGUCGACACUCAGGAUCCUUUACUGAAGCGGGAACAGAGUAACAAUAGGACAUCAGGAUCCAAUGUCUCUGGGCCUUCUCCCUUCUCAUCGCAGCCUGGCAGCACUGCUGUUAACCAUUGUUUGUCUAACGGUGAAUGUUUAAGCAACUGUUGGUCUCCAACAUAUGCAGAACCUUACAUGCCUUUAAAGCUAAAACCAGCCCCUCCUGCAAAGCCACUUUGGUUUCGAGAGCCUUUAUCCAGACACAAUUCAUCACCUUUACCAGCCCAUGAAGGUGAUCGGAAAGUAUCGCUUCAGAAGACCCUCGCUUUGUCACAGCAGCCUGGAUCCUACAGCUGUAGGUUCAGAGAGGACUGCUUCUCAUUGACAACUGGAUACCUGGAUGUCCCUCUGUCACCAGUAUAUGCUGAGCCCUUUGCAGAAAUGAAGAAAGAGCUGGGGCCAUCUGCAGUCAGAUUCUCUGCAGCAGAUCCUGUCUUCAAACAAAAUGAUUUGUUGGAUGUGAACCAAUGGAGCAACGCGCUACCAUCCGCAGAGGAAAGGCCAUCUCUAUCAUCACAUUGUGUAUCAGAGAGCAGCUCCUGCACACACAUGGACAGGAAACCAGUCAACAAUCUUCUUUCCCCAACGUAUGCUGAACCCUACCACUCUUUAAAGUUACAGCCAGUGCCUCCUGUGGACGGCUUCUGGAUCAGAAAUGAAAUGCCCAGGAAAGGAAGUUCCGAUUUUCCUGUCCAAUCUUCCAAAGAUGACACCUCUGAAUAUUUUGCAAUUAUGGAAGUUUUAGAUAGCUACAGAAAAGAGAAAGCAGUGAGCUGGUACAGCGAUGAGAGCAGGUACUCUGUCACCUCAUCUGAACCCACCUACGCAGAGCUCGAGAGCCCCCAGGCUGACGCCGAUUACAAAUUCUGGGACUUCAAGCAGCAAAUAAUCCCCCACCUUUCCCCCACCACCCUCAGGAGGGUAUGUCAGCGGGGUAUGGUCGACUCAAGACUGCAGGGAAUGCUGCAUAGAUGGUCCUGAACACCUUCUGGGAAAACGUAUCUGGCUGCAUUGUUUGGAAUGCAAUCCUGUCGUAGUGAAAUGUGAAGCUCCAACACUGCAACAACCUGCGGUUGGUUGUUGACCUAUGUAUAUUUCCACUUGUGUCUUCUUAAAACAUCCUUGAGCGCUCGUGGCAGAGAAGGCACUUCUUCACAUUAUGUCUAACAUUGGUCUAGACAUCAGUCAGCCCAAAUGCACUUGAGGCUAGAGUUAAGUGCACAUUUCACAAUCAAAAAUGGGUGAUUUUUGUAAGAACAGCAAGCAAUAAAGAGACAGGGUAAAAAUCAGUCCUGCUUUGAUUUCAUGGCGAUAUAGACUCAAUGAGCAGGACGACUUCAUACAUGAUUAAUAGCAGCUACGACGUGACUCUUCAAUAGAUUAAGAGUUUACGAAGUUAGCUGUAUGUCAUUUGGGACCAGAUAAAAAUUAAAACGGUUUACACUCGCUUGAAAGUAUUUAGUGAAAUUCUACACGAUGUGAGCAGGUCUUAUAUCAUCCUGUUGUAUUUUAUUGUUAAUAUUUUUACUGUUCAUUUGUAAAACUAUUCUUAUUUGCUUUGUAAUAAUUAAAUUCUUAUUGUUUAAUUUAGCUCAUAAAAGACUGUGAUAAAGCUAA